AUGCAUUGGCAAAAACCAUCCUCAUGUUCGGAAUCAGCAUGCUGGGUUACCCAUUGUCCACUAAGUGGUUCAUUAGACGCGGACAAGAAAAAUCCGAAAUCACAUGAUCAUCUCUAUGUUGAUGAAAACACAUUGGACUAUGAUAAUACCAAACGAACAUCUACACCAAAAAGAACGCCAGCAAGACGGAUUCCUCCAACACGUAUACCAACAGAAAAUGGUCAUGAUGGGUUCACAGAUGGCUUCAGCGUAGACGAAGAGUCAGAAUUUCACGAGGCGGUUGAUCCAAUAUUCCUCACAAGAAGAAGACAGAAACAAGGUCUUAUUGAAGAACUACUUUUUCUCGGUAUGAUGGGUUUUGGCUCUUUAGAGGACUCAGUGCAAGUUAAAGGAAGUCGUUUCUACGAUUCAACUGACGAACCAGCUCAUGAUCAAGUGACUAAUCAGCAGGCACAAUUGUCACAAGAAACCAGAAAAACGUCACGUUUUAUGUUAUUUCGAAGGAGAUGA